AUGGCUGAGAGGGCUCUCGAAAAGGCCGAGGAGGCUAUUGCCUCCGGCCACCGUGCCGAGGAGAUUGAGCCUACGUAUCGAGCUUCCCAGGACUCUAGCUCUACCGUCGAUGGCCCCGGCAUUGAGCGACGCGGAUCCGCUGUCCGCCAGGGCGGUAUUUCCAUCGAGCAGGCUGAGGCUGAGUUCGCCGAACUCCAGAGGGAGUUUACCGGUGUCUCUCGAGCAAGUCGUCAGAAGACCCGAAAGAGCAUGGACCCUGAAAAGGACGGUGCUGCUGAUGGCUCCGACGAGGCCUCGCUCUUCGAUCUUGAGGCGGCCCUGCGAGGAAACCUGGAUGCUGAGCGAGAGGCUGGAAUCCGCUCCAAGCAUAUCGGCGCCUACUGGGAUGGUUUGACCGUCAGGGGCAUCGGUGGCAUGACCAACUACGUCCAGACUUUCCCGGACGCCUUCGUCAACUUCUUCGAUAUCAUCUCUCCCGUUCUCGGCCUCGUUGGUCUAGGUCCCAAGCCCACGCAGGCGACUCUUCUCGACAACUUCCGCGGUGUUUGCAAGCCCGGCGAGAUGGUGCUCGUCCUGGGAAAGCCCGGUUCCGGCUGCACCACCUUCCUCAAGACCAUCGCCAACCAGCGAUAUGGCUACACGGGCGUCACUGGAGAGGUCCUUUACGGACCGUGGAACGCCAAGGAGUUCGACCAGUACCGAGGCGAGGCCGUCUACAACGCCGAGGACGACAUCCACCACCCCACGCUGACGGUUGAGCAGACGCUCGGCUUUGCGCUCGACACCAAGAUGCCCGCCAAGCGACCUGGCGGCAUGUCCAAGGAGGAAUUCAAGCAGAGCGUCAUCACCACGCUGCUCAAGAUGUUCAACAUUGAGCACACGCGCACGACGGUUGUCGGAGACCACUUCGUCCGAGGUAUUUCUGGUGGUGAGCGCAAGCGUGUCUCCAUCGCCGAGGGCAUGAUCACCAACGCCUGCAUUCUGUCCUGGGACAACAGCACCCGCGGCCUCGACGCCAGCACCGCCCUGGACUUCGCCAAGUCUCUGCGCGUCCAGACCAACCUGUACAAGACCACCACCUUCGUCUCCCUGUACCAGGCCUCCGAGAACAUCUACAGCCUCUUCGACAAGGUCAUGCUCAUCGACGAGGGCAAGCAGGUCUUCUUCGGCCCGGCCCAGAGCGCCCGCGCCUACUUCGAGGGCCUGGGCUUCGCUCCCCGGCCGCGAAUGACUUCUGCGGAUUACUUGACCGCUUGCACUGACGAGUUCGAGCGCGAGUAUGUCGACGGCCGCUCGGCGGAGAAUGCGCCUCACAGCCCCGAAUCGCUGCUCGAGGCCUUCAAGGCCUCGCCUGCGCAGAAGGCUCUGGAUGCGGAGAUGGCCGAGUACAAGGCCAGCCUGCAGCUCGAGCAGGAGAAGCACGACGACUUCCAGGCCGCCGUCAAGGAGAGCAAGCGCGGAUCAUCCAAGAAGUCGGUGUACCAGGUCGGCUUCCACCUGCAGGUCUACGCCCUGAUGAAGCGCCAGUUCAUCCUCAAGCUCCAGGAUCGCUUCAACCUCACCCUCGCCUGGCUCCGCAGCAUCAUCAUCGCCAUUGUCCUCGGCACUCUGUUCCUCAACCUCGGAAAGACGUCGGCCAGCGCCUUCAGCAAGGGCGGUCUGCUCUUCAUCGCCCUCCUGUUCAACGCUUUCCAGGCCUUCUCUGAACUUGCGGGGACCAUGACUGGCCGCGCGAUUGUCAACAAGCACAAGGCCUACGCGUUCCAUCGACCCUCUGCCUUGUGGAUUGCCCAGAUCAUUGUCGAUCAGGCGUUUGCUGCGAGUCAGAUUCUCGUCUUCUCCAUCAUUGUAUACUUCAUGAGUGGCUUGGUCCGGGAGGCGGGUGCGUUCUUCACCUUCUACCUAAUGAUUCUCUCCGGGAACAUUGCCAUGACCCUCUUCUUCCGAAUCAUCGGAUGCAUCAGCCCCGAUUUCGACUACGCCAUCAAGUUCGCCGUCGUUGUUAUCACGCUCUUUGUCACCACAUCCGGUUACCUGAUCCAGUACCAGUCCGAGAAGGUCUGGCUGCGUUGGAUCUACUGGGUCAAUGUGCUUGGUUUGGCCUUCAGCGCGAUGAUGCAGAACGAGUUCAGCCGCAUUGACAUGACCUGCACUGCCGAUUCGCUCAUCCCCUCCGGUCCUGGCUACGACGACAUCAACCAUCAGGUUUGCACUCUUGCUGGCUCGACCGGUGGCACCACCUUCAUCAGGGGCUCUGAUUAUAUCUCUGAAGGUUUCUCGUACUUCCCCGGCGACCUCUGGCGCAACUGGGGCAUCAUCAUGUCUCUCAUCAUCUUCUUCCUGAUCCUCAACGUCGUCCUGGGCGAGUUUAUCAAGUACGGAAUGGGUGGCAACUCGGCCAAGAUCUUUUCCAAGCCCAACAAGGAGAGGAAGGCCCUCAACGAAGCUCUUAUUGAGAAGCGAGACGCCAAGCGCAAGGAUAAGUCCAACGAGACCGGUUCGGAUCUCAAGAUUGAGUCAGAGGCCAUUCUUACCUGGGAGGACCUCAACUACGAUGUCCCCGUCCCCGGUGGUACUCGUCGUCUGUUGAACAACGUCUUUGGAUACGUCCGUCCUGGUGAGCUGACCGCCCUGAUGGGUGCUUCCGGUGCUGGAAAGACCACCCUCCUCGAUGUCCUGGCCGCCCGAAAGAACAUUGGUGUCAUCCAUGGUGAUAUUCUCGUCGACAGCGCCAAACCCGGCAAGCAGUUCCAGCGUUCCACCUCGUAUGCUGAGCAGCUUGAUCUGCACGAACCUACCCAGACCGUCCGAGAGGCCCUCCGAUUUUCCGCCGAGCUGCGCCAGCCCUUCCACGUCCCCAUGUCCGAACGCCACGCCUACGUCGAGGAGAUUAUCUCUCUGCUCGAAAUGGAGGGAUUCGCGGAUGCCAUCAUUGGUUCUCCUGAGUUUGGUCUUUCCGUCGAACAGCGCAAGCGUGUGACUAUCGGUGUCGAGCUGGCGGCGAAGCCUGAGCUCUUGUUGUUCCUGGACGAGCCUACCUCCGGCCUCGACAGCCAGAGCGCCUUCAACAUUGUCCGAUUCCUCAAGAAGCUGGCUGCUUCCGGCCAGGCCAUUCUCUGCACCAUCCACCAGCCCAACGCCGCGCUGUUCGAGAACUUCGACCGCCUUCUGCUUCUCCAGCGUGGUGGCCGCACCGUCUACUUUGGUGACAUCGGCAAGGAUGCCUGUGUCCUCCGAGACUAUCUUGCACGACACGGCGCCGAGACUCCCGCUACUGAGAACGUCGCCGAAUACAUGCUCGAGGCUGUGGGCGCUGGUAGUGCUCCUCGUGUUGGUGAUCGAGACUGGGCGGAUAUCUGGGACGAGAGCCCUGAGCUCGCUGCUGCCAAGGCGGCCAUCACGCAGAUGAAGGCCGAGAGGAAGGCGGCUGGUGCUAACUUGAAUGCCGAUUCGGAGAUGGAGUACGCCUCUCCUUUCGGUCAUCAGCUCAAGGUUGUGUCCAGACGCAUGUUCCGAUCCUUCUGGCGCUCGCCCAACUACCUCUUCACCCGUGUCUUCGCUCACGUCGCUGUCGCCCUCAUCACUGGUCUUACUUAUCUCAACCUGGAUGAUUCUCGAGCCUCGCUUCAGUACAAGGUCUUCGUCAUCUUCCAAGUCACGGUGCUUCCGGCUCUGAUUAUCACCCAAGUCGAGGUCAUGUUCCACAUCAAGCGAGCUCUCUUCUUCCGCGAGGCUUCGUCCAAGAUGUACUCGCCUUUCACCUUCGUUUUCUCCAUCAUCGCCGCCGAGAUGCCUUAUUCGAUUCUUUGCGCCGUUGCCUUUUACCUCCCGCUGUACUUCAUGCCUGGUUUCCAGACCGAUUCUUCGCGCGCCGGCUACCAGUUCUUCAUGGUUCUCAUCACUGAGAUCUUUGCCGUCACGCUAGGCCAAGGCCUUGCUUCGAUCACUCCCUCGCCCUUCAUCUCGGCCCAGUUUGAUCCCUUCAUCAUCAUCAACUUCGCUCUCUUCUGCGGUGUCACCAUCGCUCCCCCCCAGAUGCCCGGCUUCUGGCGCGCGUGGCUCUACCAGCUCGAUCCCUUCACCCGCCUCAUCGGCGGCAUGGUUACGACCGCGCUGCACGAGCUGCCCGUUGUGUGCAAGCCCAGCGAGUACAACGUCUUUACUGCUCCCGAGGGCAUGAACUGCGGCGAGUACAUGCAGCCCUUCUUCGAGCGUGGUGGUUCCGGCUACUUGGCUAGCAAUACCACGCAGGACUGCGAGUAUUGCGCGUACAAGGUCGGCGACGAGUUCUACGCCGCCUUCAACCUGUCGUUUGACAACCGCUGGAGAGAUCUGGGUAUCUUCUGCGCCUUUGUAGGCAGCAACUUGAUCAUCCUGCUCCUGGCUAGCCGCUUCCUGAACUUCAACCGACGAUAA